AUGGCGGAAUACCACGCGCUGGGCGGCGCGCCUGCCACGUGGAUGUACGCGGCGCGAAUCCAGCUGUGCCUGGUAAAGGGCGCCACGUGGCGCCGACUAGGGAGGGGGAGGUUUCAACUGGCGCAGGCGGAACAAGGGCGGAAGCGUCUGGGCGGGGGCGCAGCGGGAGAACGCGAGGGGGAAGAGGGGGUAGAGGAAGGGGAAGCGGAAGGGAGGCAGCGAGUAGCGUUGCGACAGCUGGCGCGCGCGCGGGAGCUGUGGCAGGAGAUGCGCGCCCACGGCCUGCAAGCAGACAAAUAUGCCGCCUCUGCAAUGAUUGCAGUGUGCGGGCGGGCGGGCAGGGCGGAUGACGCGGAGAGGGUGAUGGCAGGGGUGGCGCUGGGGGGGAGUACGGUGGGGGGGAAUACAGCAGGGGGGAGUAUGGUGGGGGAAAGAACGGUAGCGGGGGAGGCGGUGCUGGGGGAGGCGAGGGUUGGGGGAGAGGCGCUGGGGGUGCCUGGGGUUGGGGGACAGGUGGAGCUGGGGAAGGUGUUGUCUGAUGCAGGGGCUGCAGUUGAUGCUGUCAGCAGCGGGUUCAAUGACGUGGUGGUGUGGAAUGCGCUGGCUGAUGCGUGGAGCAGAAGCGGGGAUGCAGUGCGGUCUGAAGGGGUGCUGUCACGCAUGCUGCACUCGCGCUGCCCGCCCAACCUCCGGAGCUACAACAUUGUUCUCAAUGCCUACGCCAAGACCAUCACACCGGUGGUGCAUGGCCAUGGUGAUGGGCAUGGCGAUGCUGGGAGGGACAGCGAUCAUACAGAGGAGCAAGUUGCAUCCCCAUCCCCAUCCAUGCCACCCCGGCUCAGCCCCUCUGAAACCAUCCAUCGCAUGCGCCAGCUCAUCGCCUCGAUGUCGAGACAAGAAUCGCCACCCACGUCUAGUAAUGCUGUUCGGAGCACAUCUAGACAGGGCAAUGCCGCCCGUGUGCCAAAGAGCACCUCUGAUGCUGUAGCUCUUUGUACUAUCACUUCUGGUGAUGUCGCUCCCAAGAAUGUCGCUCCUGAUACUGUCACGCCUGAUAUAGUCACGUUCAACACGUUGCUGGAUGCUUGCGCUCGGGCGGCGGAUGCGGAUGCUGCAGUGGACACGUGGCGGCAGAUGAUUGGUUCAGGCAUCACUCCCUCAGAGGCCUCCGUUUCCUCCCUCACAGCCGCCUUCCGCCUGGCCCCCUCGCUGCCCCUCGAUUUGCUCGCAUCCCUGGCGCCCACUGACCUUCCUCCACGUCACCCAGCCAAUCAGACGCAGACAGAUCAGCUUCUUGGCCUCAUGCAGCAAUCUUCAGUAAAGAAAAAAUUUCAACAUCAUCGACAGCAGCAUCAACCGGGGCGCUCGCUUGUCAGAGAGGCUGUCAUGCAACAGCUAUCAGGCCUCAGGUUGCCGUUUGAGGCUCAUCGCAGCACAAUCACUCUGCUUCCAGAGACCCUUUCAGCCUUCCGAGCAAAGAAUCAGGAACGCCAGCAUAUGAAUGCAUGGAUGCGUCUAGCGAUUGGUAGAUAUGGCUCUGUGGUAGCUGGCAUAGGAGCCCUGUUUACAGUCCCAUUGCUGAUUCAGCACUACGCUCGUGCCAGUAGUUCAUGUUUCAGCACAAAAUGA